AUCAAAGCUGCUUCCUUCACUUGCGGACGUCCUCCUUGCCCACAGACACUUCUCGAGGCAAGCGCAUCACACGGUUGGAUUUAGAUACCCGGGAGAGAGAGCUGUGUGAAGAGGCGGACGGUCGGCGUCGCUUAUCGACCUCAAAGACUGGCUUGUCGACGACACACCCAUCGCCCACAUCGUUCCCGCCCCCAGUAACCCACACAUAUCCAACCCCAACACACCUCAACGUCGUCCAUUUUGGCUCAUUAACUUCUAUUUUAUGUAAGACAGGAGCUAUGUUUCUACCUUCAACACCACCAUGCCUGAGCCCCUCCCACCAAACCCAUUCGACCCGCCCUCUCACGAACACACAGCAUACGAAUGCUGCCUGACCCUCGAAGCUCUUCGUAGCUGGGACGUGCCCUCCGAACCCGCAGCUAUGUCUAGGUUCAGCCCUCAAGUCGCGGCUCGAGUCUUGGGUUACGCGCUUAUCCUUCACCUAACCUCUCCUAUGGCUAUGGCACAAGAGAUAUCAGGUUACUGUGGUAAUGCCGAGUUUAUGUCGGGGUUGGCAUAUUUGUAUGUUAUGGGCGUGAUUAGGAUGUGUAAGGGCCCGGUAUCGACGCGUAGGGUCCAACCAGAGUCACUGCCAGAAGACAUCGAUAUAGCGGCCCUCUCAAAUUUGUCGCAAUCCACCGAUAGUGAUGCUAGAAAGCUAGUUUUGGCACGAGACAACUACCGGUGUAUAGUCUCAGGGAACGUGGACACCACCAGUCUUCGCAACGGGUUGACGACGAUCGAUUUAGCGGCUGGGGAGAGGAAGACGGAUAUGGAGCUGGGUUAUAUUUUCAAGACGACUGGGGAUCAGGAACAGGGGUAUAUAAGAGAAGGACUGACGGAUGCGGUGCGGAGGAAGUUAGGUUGGGCGUCUUCUGCUGCUGCCGUUCUCGAGCGACUAGCUGGAAUCACACUCGUCCAAGACAUUCACGAGGUGGAGAACACGUUCACGAUAUCGCCUAACCUCCACGGUCUGUGGGGCCGACUCUGGAUUUCUCUUCAUCCAAUUACCAGUGAGGAUGACAGCAGCAAUACGUACGAGAUCCACACUUACCCUCCCUCCGAAAACGCGCAGUACGGUCUUCCCUACCGUACGACGAAUACCCUUCCCAGCCGUCGUUAUCUCGCGUUCCACGAUGCUUGUGCGAAGGUUGCGUAUCUCUCGGGUGCGGGAGAGGUUAUGGAGCAGCUAUUCUGGGAUGUGGGGAAUGUACGAGUCUUGGCGGAGGAUGGGGAAGACCGGAGUCUUUUGUCUUUAGCUCUGUUUCGUUCCAGCAACUUGUAAGAGUAUACAUGCAACAGUUAUCACUACACAAACAGAUUCCGAGUCGCGUCGGUCAUACCCAAUAAGUAAAUCCGUUGAGAGGGGAGAUGUACCAUGGAACUGGCAAGGUGGAGGUUCGGCGCCUGGCCACUGCAGCUUAAGCCUAGGUUCUUGCAUGACCGCCCCAACUUUGGUCGCAGAAUCUGGCCCAUGUUAUUGUCAGGAAGGGAGGAUCCCCAUAAAUCACAUCUCGAUGCCUCGUCCAGUGAAAAAGCCGUGUCGAAAAC